AAGCCCAGAAGCAUCUCUCCGUCUUUCUCUCUCUCUCUCUCUCUCUCUCUUGUUUUCGCUGCUCCAUAGCCGUCAUCACUCCCCACCACCAUACUCGCUUCGGUCCCAAGCCAAUUUCCUGCAACAAACCCAAAUCUGCCGCCAAAUAUGAUCCCUCUUCUUCUCCUCCUCCGCUCAUGGUUUCCAUCAUUCCAUCCUUCUGAAUCCGCUUGACGACAAAAUUCGCUUCUCUUUUCUAACAAUCGGCAACUCACAGUGUCCUAGCCGAACCCAGAUUCCGAACUCUCAAUUUUCCUGUCUUUCUAUCAGAUGUGAUCUUCCUCUUCCACAAUCCACGAAGAGGCAGAGAGAGAGAGAGAUGUUGGGGGCGCUCCAACUGGGCGUAUUGGCCGCUUGCGUGGUGCUCUUCGUGCCGAUGGGAAUGGCCGGGUGGCACCUCAGCCGCAACAAGAUGCUCUUCUUCAGCGGCGCCCUCUUCAUCACUCUCGCCGUAGGUGUCCAUCUCACUCCCUACUUCUCGUCAAUUUCCAAUCUCGUUUCCUCCUUUUCAUCCGUCGUAGUUCUAGAAAAUCGCGAAUCCUGCAUCUCUCUACUCCACAAGAUCGUCUUCGAUGUUGAAACUUUGAGCAAUGCGUCCGAUUCUGAGGGUUCUUGGACCUGGGCGGCGGCUUCGCCAGUCGCCGCGUGUGAGUUUCAGAAGCUGGGUCUGGCCGAUGCGUCGGAUCUGCUAAACGGGUCGUGGGUGGUCGUGGCCGGUGACUCACAGGCCAGGCUGGUUGUGGUGUCUUUGUUGGGUUUGGUUUUGGGGAAAGAGGAGAUGGGUUCUGUCCGGGGAGAUCUGUUCAAGCGGCACAGCGAUUAUCAGAUUGUGGUGGAUGAGAUUGGGAUGAAGUUGGAUUUUGUCUGGGCGCCUUAUGUAUCCAAUUUGACCAGCUUGAUGAUGGAUUUUAAGGUGAACAAUAAUUACCCUGAUGUUUUGGUGAUGGGAGCAGGGUUGUGGCAUGUAUUACACGUGACCAAUUCAUUGGAUUAUGGAAUCUCAUUGCGGUUACUGAGGCAGUCGGUGGUGUCAUUGCUCCCGGUUUCGCCGGAACUGGGGACUGGCGGGCCUGUAACAAGAUCCCCCCAUUUGUUUUGGCUGGGGAUGCCUGAGCUGAUAAACUCGAUGUUGAAUACGGAGGAGAAGAGGGAGAAGAUGAAGGAUGAUGUGCUGAAUGCUUACGAUAGGGAGCUUCAUGGAAGUAAGCUCUUGCGCCAAUCCGGUGGCCCUCUCCUCUUGCUGGAUACGCGUUCUUUAAGUCAGAAAUGUGGAGAACAGUGUACAAUGGAUGGGAUGCACUACGGUGGAGUUGUUUAUGAGGCUGCCGUUCAUGUCAUGCUCAAUGCCUUGCUCAUUGAGUCUCAUCAGAGGCUAUGAUAUAGUACUUUUGUUUCGCUUUGGCCUAUGCGGCACUAACCCCUUUCGAGGACAUAGAAGGGUACCCUGUCAAAGUCUUUGCCCGAGGUUGUUUCAAUCCUACAUACAUGAUUUUAACCAGGUUCUCCCAUUGGCUUUAAUUAACUCCUCUGUACUGAAAAGUUUUAGAUAUAGUUUCAAAUUGAGGGAUAUUUUUUCCUUUUUAUCCUCAAACUCUGUUAUUGUAUUGAGUAUCAAAUAGUCACACAUGUAUUGUAUGGAGCAAGCCGCUCAUGUUUGAUAUCCAAUUUUGAGGUGAACACAUAUGAAGUUUUAUAUGAAUAUUUUGGUACAUGCUUUGUAGUUUCAGAGAAGAGAAACAGAUCUUGUUGCAUCAUCCUUGCCUGAGAUGUCAAAUUCCAUUUAAAUACCAGUGGCACGUCACUUCUCAAACAGAAAAUGACCAAAAAAAGAAAAACUUCAAUGUUUAAGUAGUUGUAUUUCUGCAAGUAUUUGAUUCUUCCCUUUUUCUUUUCUUGGCAAGAAAAA